CACCGCUGGCUGCUCACAAAAAAACAAAUCAAGUUCGCACAAAAACAUUGCCAAAAAGGUAAAUGGCGGUUUCUAAAAUCCAGUGAAUUCAUCAAAUAAAGUCUUUGGCAAUUAACCCCUUUUGGCGGCGUCAUACACGUAAACAGUGGUUCAAGUGCGGUUUAUAUUGGAUCAAAAUGGUGUCACUGGAGAAGCUGAAACAAUUGAGACUGAUCCACCUAUGCAUCGCGCUCACCUUCUUCACCAGUGGGCUGUGCAUCAACUUCAUCCAGCUGUUGAUGCACGUCCUUAUAAAGCCCAUUGACAAGCGACUCUUCCGGAAGCUGAUGUACUACCUGUGCUACUCGCUCUACUCCCAAAUUGUCUUUGUGGCCGAUUGGUAUGCGGGCAGCAAGCUGACCGUCUAUAUGGACAAGGAUGACUACGAGAAGUAUGCUGGCAACGAGCAUGUCCUGCUGGUCAUGAACCACAAGUACGAGAUCGAUUGGCUCAACGGCUGGAUGAUCUGCGACAAGCUGGGAGUCCUGGGCAACUGCAAGGCCUAUGCCAAAAAGCCCAUUCGCUAUGUGCCCAUUAUUGGCUGGUGCUGGUGGCUGGCCGAGUUUGUCUUCCUCAACCGCAACUUUGACAAGGACAAGACCAUCAUCACGGAGCAACUUAAGGUGGUCUAUUCCUAUCCCGAUCCCACCUGGCUGCUCUUGAAUCCGGAAGGUACUCGCUUCACUGCCGGCAAGCACGAGGCAUCCGUUAAGUUCGCCCAGGAGCGGGGCAUGACGGUGCUGAAGCAUCAUUUGAUUCCGCGCACCAAGGGCUUCACCGCCAGCUUGGCUCCCAUCCGUGGUCUCUGUCCCGUCAUCUACGACAUCAAUCUGGCGUACAGGCCUACAGACAAGACCCCAUCCACCAUGCUUAGCCUGCUGCACGGCAAGUCUGUGGAGCCGCACAUGCUGAUGCGCCGCAUUCCCCUUGAGCAGGUGCCCGAGGAUGAGACAGAGGCCGCCACCUGGCUGCAGAAUCUGUUUGUGGAAAAGGACAAGAUCAUCGAUAGCUUCCUGGAGACCGGAAGCUUCUUCAAGACCUCCGGCGUGAAGGAGGUGGCAACAUACCACAUCAAGCCUCGGCUAUCUUCGCUGGUUAAUUUCGCCUGCUGGGCGGCAUUCUCCCUGUUAUGCAUUUUCUAUUACCUGGUCACGUCGCUGCUGGCGGCCAAUUGGACGGCCUUCAUUACGUCCCUCUCCAUUCUGGGACUCUUCUAUUGGAUGAUGGGCCAGGCCAUCAACAAGACCCAGAUUAGCAAAGGCUCGAGCUAUGGAGCCGGAUCUGGCGCCACGAAGGCGAGCACAAAAUAACUUGCAAUUUUCCGGCAUUUAGUUUUGAUUGUUGACGAACUCUCAAUUAUCUACAAGUGACUUUGUAAAAAGGCAGCCAGCCAGUCCCUCUCACAAAUCUCUCUGCUAUAAAAAGGAUCAAUUCGCGACUCCUGGACUGGGCUGGACUGAAUCUAAAGUGUUUUUGAACAGAAAUUAGUGCAUGUUUUGUCUAAGUUUAUGGUUACGAGGUAACUCCCGCACACUGGAGCCAUCAAUUUGCGUACAUAUGUAGUUGGUAGUUGUAUACCUAAGUGGAAGUUUAAUUGUUUGAUCGAUAUUGUAUUUUGGCGAGCAUUGCAAUAAUUAAAUUAAACAAUAGUAUGUGA